AUGGAAGGAGUGGGAAAGAAUUCGAUAGGCUGCAACCCGCAUACCUCGAACGACUUGGAAGCGGACCCGACUAUGGGUCCACCCUUUGACAUCAUCACUCCAAAGGAUACGGCCGAAAUUCACAGCUUUAUGAAUGAACAUGGGGUUCUGGACACCUUCUCGCAACUAGUGGAACUGGCUUCUGGCGGAUCAUCGUCCACGGGCGACCAGUCCUUCCUUUCCGAUCUUGACAGAACUGGAUACUCCACGAACGCGGAUACAAGCAUAGUCGGCUGUGGUGGCCCAAUCAUACCACCAUUCGAACAUUGCCAAUCAGGAGACGACGUGCAAAACACGCUAUCUAUCGAUCAACAAGUAUACCCGAAUGACCUCAUGGAGCUAAAUCUCAGCUCCACGGUCGACGACUUGAGCAUGGCUAUUUGCCGAAGAAUGCCGUCUGUUAGCUCGGGUGUGGACGACCACGCCACGUCAUUUCUACUCGACAAUACCCCAAGUGGUGUUAAAAUCAGAGUUGAACAAUUCUUCGAAAUGUUCGCUGUGGAUGACGUACUCAAUCUUAAACAUCUCAACUCGAACGACGAGUGGGACCCGCACACGGUGCAGAUCGUGACAGCCUUGAUGCCAUUUGUGCUUCCAACGUGCGACCAAGGACCAAAGCGAAAGCGUGGCAGCAAUGAUGACGUUACGUCCCGACCUUCGAAGAAGAGAGACAAGAAGUCAAUUGAAUGGUGGAGAAGGUGGUCGAGGCUGACGCGCGAAGACAUCGCACUCGACUCCGAGCAAGUGACCGUCGUGAACAUGGGUCUAGGCGUCCUGCGAGACACCGGCGCUCUGGGUAAGCGAAACAAAGGUACUACCUUUAUGGACGUCUACGCCGCGCAUGUGGGCAAUAUGCUCGCUACAGAGCGUGUUACUGCGCUGACCAGCGUCCAAUAUGUGGUAUACGCCAUCUUUUUCCACAUAGCCUCUACGAUGGACCCUGCCAACUGGGUAGCGAAGGGUAACGCUGGUCAAGUAAGGGGGAAGUUCUGUCCCUCUGCGGUACGACGCUUGUUUUCCCAUUGUGGCGGUUAUGUGCCUGGUGGUAUGACGCCGGCUAUUUUCGAGGAGAAGUUACGCGGUUGGCAAGAUCAUGGGAGAAAGUACGAGUUCAUCGGUGUGCACCUUGGCCUUGGAAGCAUUGUGCAUCUGGGAUCGGUAUUACACCACACGCAGCUCAAGACGAUGACGAAGGGUGGCGAGCAAGCAGUCGAUGGUAUCAAAUCGAGCGAGGUGGCCUUCCGUCAUCUGCGAAAACUGGGAUUACCGGAACUAGCGAAACAGUCAGGUGCUGAUGCGCUGAUGCAUGAUCUCCUCUGGGAGAUCUUUGGGAGCUUCCUCGACUUCCCGAAGCGGGUGGGUGAUUCGCAGUUUCCCGCAUUCGUCGAACACGCCCCAGCGCAGCUAAGUGCUAGCAUCAUCAGUGACAGCGGCAGCGAUGAUGGCCAAUGUGAUUGA